AGUGUAAGCAAGUGGAUCAUGCAAGCACUUUCUACGACUUUUACUACAAUACAAGGCUUGUCAAGUCAACAAUUGUGCAUUUUCAGGUAGCUAUUCGUUCAGUAUCGUUAUUUGUUCAUGGUUUUUUAUUAUGUUAUCAAAUUUAAAGCUUAAAUCACAGAGAGAAUCAUAACAUAAUGAAACAACUACACUUUGUAUGCUUCAAGAUUGUCUCAUUUUUUAUCAUGUGCCUGAAGCACCUUGCUUAUCCUUUUGUUGAUUUAAGUUUUGUCUGUUGAACGAGAUUAAACUUUGAAAUCUUUAAUAUUUACCAAAUUUCAUUAUUAGAAACAUAUGGACAAAUUACAUAAUAACUUGACCAAAAUAUGAAGAUGGUGGAUUAUUGAAUUCUACAAAUCCUUGGGUUUCUGGUUUUUUAAUACAGUCACCUUCUAUAAUUUGCAAUUGUUAUUAGUGGCAUUUAUACAUACUGCUUGUUGAGUAUUCUAGCUUUGCAGGUUCCAAUCCAUAUUUGUUAUAUUGUAUGGAAUUAUUACAUUUUAGUAGCUCUUUGACUUUAAACAAGCAGAUUCGUUGGAGGAGGCACCUUUCUUUCUCUAGGGGAGGUCAUAAAAAGCGAGAUGGAUGUGGUUUCUGAGCAGUUAAUGGAUGUUCCAUAUGGACCAUAUAUAACGAAUCUUGUGUUGGCUUCUUGUUGGUGUACUUGGGAGUUCAACGAGCCAAGCAAAUAUUGUUCUGCAGCUUAAUAGUUAUGUGUCAUUUGAUUAAUGAGAUAUCUGACUUAGUUUUAUCUUGCAUCUUGGCAUAUAGAUUAUUUGAAAUGUUUUUGUUAUCUACAGCCUUUUGAUGUCUGUUUUAUUUUGUCUCAACGAUGUUUAGAUUGGACCUCUCAUUUACUACCCUACAAAUAUUGGAUGAUCUAACACUUCACAUGUUGUGUUAUGGUGCAAGUGUCCUUGUCAACUUUGAGCAGUCAUAGGCUUAUGCGUUAAUUUAUUUUAAGUCGUAGAUAGUAGUUUCUUCCUUGUAUGUUUAUUGCUUACUAUAAAUAGCAUUGCUAUCAUUGAUACAAAAUGUGAUAAUGCUCAUGCCAAGCACUCCUCAUCGCCGGCCCCACGGUGAGAUGAAGGGAGAUAAAUCAGGUACUGAGUGGCCUCCUAAGUGGGAGUUAUUUGCCACAGCUGCGACUCGAACCCUUGUCCAUUGAUGCAAGUCUACGACUUGGGUACCAACUCAGCUACGCCCCGGGGGUUUAUUGCUUGAUCAAACAUGGAAACACACCGAGUGGUCAUUCAAUUAAUAGCUUAUCUGAGAAAUUUUGUUUGUUAUUAUGCAACACUGACAAUUUAGCCUUAGUUGCAUUAUCCUUUAAAAUCAUUUGUGGGAAUGCCUGUAUCAAGAUUCAAUCAGUUGUUACUAGGCAUAUGACUUACAGGAGGAUAUUUUAUCCAAUUAGUUGCCGUAAUGUAUGUGCAAUGUAGUGCAAGAAUUGGGAAGUUGACUGCGUUUAGCAACAUUGCCUGAGUGUUCCAAAUGCCCACAGCCACUCAACGUAAACAACAUAAUUUUCAAAUUUAAGGAAAACUUAUGUAGGAGCAAUGUAUGUAUGCACCAGUGAGCCAGCAAAAUUUCAUGAUAGAAUUAUAGAAACUCACAAAUUCUAAAUUUAUUUACUUUUUUUGUAUAAAGAGUGAGUCACGAUUUGAUUUCUAUCUAACAAAAGUUUAAUUGGAUGCUGAAGGUCCCUCAAGAAGUAACAGGUAGUUGAAAUUUUUAUAGUGAAUGCCAUGAGCUUGAUCUGGUCUUUUGGUAGGUGAACCAUCUUUUUUUUUUGUCAACAUGUAGUAUAGCAAGAUCAGGUAAAACGUGUGACAUUUUGUAUAUGCUUAACGUAUAACAGUAAUACUAAUUAAUGUAAUGGCUAUUUAUUUUAGGGAAAAUAAGAUAAAGAAGAAAACAAAUUACUAAUUUUCUUUUUGGAGCCAUUUUUGUUUGCUUGUCCCAGAUUUUUGUUUAUGAUCUUGUAGAAAUAGCUUCUCCUGAAAGACACGUUGUUGAUGCAGCUGAGGAAUCUAAUAUCGGCGACCUCAAAACAUGAUGUGUACUUGGUUCACGACUAUUCAAUUAUGCAUUGGUCGUCACUGCAAAGAAGUGGGAAAGAGGUGCUCAAUGUAGCAGGGAAAGUUGUUCCCACCAAGAAGCAUUGUGGAUCUUCUACUCAACUUCUUUCCAGAGUACAGAUAAGUGCAAUGUGUGGAAAUGGCAAGUUAUUAGUUGCCGGUGGAUUUCAAGGCGAGCUCAUCUGCAAGGCCUUAGAUCAACCUGGUGUGGCUUUCUCCACUAAAUUAAACGACUAUGGUGACAUUACUAAUGCAGUUGAUGUCAUUCAGUCUUCGAGUGGAUCUUCUCAAGUGGUGACUGCUUGUAAUGAUAGCAAUGUGAGGGUGUUUGAUGCUGAGACAUAUGUCCAAGUUGGACGACUAUCGUACUCUUGGUCUGUUAAUAGUACCUCAACUAGCCCAGAUGGAAGGCUCCUCGCCAUUGUAGGAGAUAACAAGGAUGGUCUGCUAGUGGAUCCACAAUCCGGAAAAGUGGUUAGCAACCUCAAAGGCCAUUUUGACUAUUCCUUUGCCUCUGCCUGGCAUCCGGAUGGCUCCCUCAUAGCCACGGGGAGCCAAGACAAAACAUGCCGCUUGUGGGACAUGAGGAAUACUUCUCAUUCCUUGGCCGUGCUCAAAGGGAGGAUAGGAGCGAUAAGAGGCAUAAAGUUCACUUCUGACGGCAGGUUCAUGGCGAUGGCUGAGGCAGCUGACUUCAUUCAUGUAUACGAUGUGAAAGCGAACUUCAGCAGUGCUCAGGAGAUCGAUAUGUUUGGGGAGAUUGCUGGGAUAUCGUUCAGUCCUGAUGCUGAUGCACUGUUUGUAGGUGUAGCUGACCGCACCUACGGAAGCCUACUAGAGUUCAGGAGGAGGAAGCAUAGCUCUUACCUCGAUUGCUUCCUAUGACGAUGAGGGAAAGAGUAGUUAAGCCUUUCAGUGUAUAGAGUUCAAAGUUUUGUUGAGAAAAUGGGCACAGCUAAAUUCCUCUCCAAUAUAGUAUAGUGACCUUAUAUUAUACAAUCAAACUCUUCGAUCGCGUGCUCAAUUUUUCUGCUAUAUAUUUUUCUUUGAUGUGUUUUCGGAUUCACAAGUGUGGUAUUAUUUUAGAGUGAAGUGUAAUGGAUGGAUUUUUAUAGUGUCUAUAAUUUGCUAGGAUGUUUGCACGAGUUA